GAAUCUCGUGCAACCCGACUCUUAAGUCUCACGGAAGACGUGCAAACAUGAGCUGAAACUUUACACACGGAGAACAGAUUUUAGGUUUCACUAGUUUGGGUGGUUGUUUAGUGAGUUUGAAGCCCAGUGUGCCCCUAAGGUAAAGCAAACGAACUCCACAAGGCAAAAGAAAAGAAAAGCCGCUCGACGCAGCGGAAUGCGCGACUUUGCGCAACUUUGUUUCCAGCUCGCGCUUUACAGAUGUUGACACAUCGACGUCGUGAGGCUUAACGACUUCCUAUAGAGUCGCGGUCGAUUGUGACCCGGCUGUGGGGUUGUAAUAGUGAGAGAGAGAGAGAAAAGUGUGCAUGCAAGAGAGUCGACUUUGCGCCGGGUUGGAUUUGGAUCGGUUUGUCUGCGUCACUAAACCGUGUAACCCGAACCUGAAGAGACAGAAAGAGGGAAAGAAGGCAAGGCGACACUGCGGCGUGAACAGAAAUCUUGCCUGAGGGAUGACAAACCGCUUGGCUGUUUACAGCAGAACCAGUUUGGAGAAGAGGAGAACAGGCAAGGGAGGAAGUGCAAUUCAUGUUCUCUUCCCUCUUUUGCGUGGUGGCUACAUACGACUAAGGCCUUCUGACGAAUGCAGUCAGACUUGUAGAGCAGUGUUUUUUUUUUUCAGUUGGUGUGUACUGAUGAUCAUUUCUGCACGCCCUUUUGUAAUUUUGCAAUCUCAAUAUGAGCCUCUCUCCUCAUCAGAGAGGGAACGUGAGUAAUCUGGGCAAACAGAAUAUUGAAGGUAUCGAAGAACUGACGCAGCAUUCAGGCGAGGUCUUCUACAACGCCGGAGGUGCAUCGUUGGAGCAAGUGAACAGUGGUACCGGAGGAAGGCCGGACCCCGGUCUUGAUCUCCAAAGCUCGGCUAUUUUUAAACCCGAGAAAGGUUAUCAAGUAUGGGGUCAUUUUCAGCAAUCGGGUCCAAUGAAAUGGGUGUCUCAAGAGCCAAUGCAUUCCUCCACUUGGUUUCCAGGCCUACCAAAUUCAGCUAAACUGCCCCAGAACUUUGGACCUUCUCUGACUGGAAUGGAGGAUGCACAAGGACCUCAAGCUUUACCCAAGACCAAUCAUGACAUGGACACCUUGCAGCAAGAGAAAAUGUCUGCAGGUUCCUCUGUGCCCUACUCUGAACCAACGCAAGCUCUGGUACAGGGAAUGGAAUGGGACUCUCAUGCUAUGGCAGCCAUGCAUCAAUCCCCGUUCCAGUCUCAACAGCAGGGUCAUAAACCAGGAGACCCACAGUACCAGUCUCAUACUAUGCGUCACUCCAUGCCUGACUCAACUCUACAGCCCUUUCAGGUAGCGUUCGGACCUAACAAGCAGCUUCAGACCUCGAGUUUCUUUCAGGCUUUCCAAGGAAACAGCGUACCACAAAAUCUGGGUUACAGUGAUCCACCAAAAUUACAACAGCAGCAGCAGCAGCAGCUCUUGCAGUUACAAAAGCAACAGCAGCAAAUGCAGCAAAUGUUGCAACAGCAGCAACAACAACGACUGCUCCAAAUUCAACAGCAGUUCCACCAUCAGCAGAAAAUGCAGGAACAACUGCAGCAGAUGCAACAGCAGCAUCAGCUGCACCAGCUGCAAAACUUGCUGCAACAAGAAUCAUGUCCUUCACAACCACUUCAGCAAGACCAGCGACUGGCCAGACCGCUACAACAACCAGACAACAAUCAGGUCAAACAGGCAGGUUCUUGUACUUUGCCUCACCAAAGUCAGGAUCCAAGUCUGCAGUCACCAAUAAGCAAAGAUCAGGGUCUUGGUCAAGCACUUCAGGAGACGCAAGAAACUGAAGGCAAACCUGAUGCUGUCCCUCGGCGCUCCAGAAGACUCUCAAGGGACGGCAUCUCUCCUCCAGGCAACCCACCGGCAAAGGAGCCGGCCCGUAACGGAGGCGUUGCUGGUGCUCCUGGACCCUCGGUAGGGGUUAUCCAUAGUACGCAGAGAAGGAGGAGAACGUCCAAGGAGAUAAACCUCGAGACUCUGGCGCAGAAGGCUUCGGAGAUGGAGUUUUUGCCUGCAAAGCGUGAUGAGAGCACGUCUAGCAGACAGACCGGGAUGCCUCCGCUAGUGAUCCCUGUGUCUGUACCUGUUCGGAGGAAUCAGGUCCCGAUAGAGCAGACAGGUGGCUGGACGCGUGAGCAGAGGCUUCCUCCAGAGAGUACGCAGCAGUCCAAGCACAAGCCCUCUGUUAUCGUGACACGCCGCCGCUCAUUAAGGGCCUCGGACAAUUUCAACCAGGAGGAUGCGAUGGAGGGCGGAAGGUCCCCGGACAAAUUAAAGCGUCGCCCGCGACCCGAGCCCCUGGUCAUCCCUCCGCCCAGACCAUCCACGUUCAUCGCCCCGUCCGUUUACUCCACCAUCUCUCCCUUCCAGAGCCACCUGCGCUCCCCUAUACGCCUGCUGGACAACCCUCUGACUCUGCCCCCGUACACUCCUCCACCCAUCCUGUCACCGGUGCGCGAGGGAUCAGGACUGUACUUCUCCACCUUUCUGUCUUCAAUAGCGGCAGGAAAUCAGGGUUUGCCUCCACCACCAACCCCCAAAACGGCCUCCAGGAGCCUCCUGCGCUCAAGCAGUUCCGAUGUUACUCCUCCGAUGCUCCCUCUGAUCAGAGAGGCCACACCUGUCAGCAUAGAACCACGAAUAAACAUCAGCUCUCAGUACCAGGCAGAGAUUCCUGAGCUCCAGGAGCGGUCGCUGGUCGAACAGGAUGAGCACAAAGCUACUCUGGUGUGGCUCCCGCUGCCACAGGCUGAAUCGCAACCUUCCCAGGAUGAGACAGUGGAUAAUCUGAUGAACCUGGCCUGCUCCAGUGUGCUGUGUGGAGCAGGAACCAACGUGGAGCUCAUGCACCACUGCCUUCACGAGAACAGAGGUGAUGUCAUGAAAACUCUGGAAGUGAUGUUGCUGAAGAAUCCUAUUUUCCCAAAGGAUCACCACCUUACCAACUACCACUACGCAGGGUCAGACUGCUGGACUGUGGAUGAAAAGCGCUACUUCAAUAAAGGGAUCUCUGCUUACAGAAAGGAUUUCUUUUUAGUGCAGAAAGUGGUGCAGAGUAAAACACUGGCGCAGUGUGUGGAAUUUUAUUAUACCUAUAAGAAACAGGUGAAGGUUGGUCGCAGCGGGACUCUGAUCUACGGCCCUCCGGAUCCAGAAGAGCGUGUCCCUGAGAUCCCACAGAUCAAACAGGAGCAGCCGGAAGCAGGAGAGGAGAGAAAAAACAAGGCGGAGCACAAAGACGCCGGCGCUGAUCACCUCCAGAACAUCACAAAGACUCUUCAGGUCAGUGGAAAUGAGGGGAAAGUGUUGGUGCUGAGCAACCCAAAUGUCGUGGCUUUGGAUGAGGUAACUGUAAUGAGGCAGGAAACACGGACUCCUCCUUUCUUUACUCCAAAACCACGUGAGACUGCAGGGAGGAGAAACGCACCGUCAAAUGUCCCGAAGAGUCAAGGAGAACCCGAGGGCAUAUUUCCCUGCAAGAAGUGCAGCAGGGUGUUUUACAAAGUGAAGAGCCGCAGCGCGCACAUGAAGAGCCACGCCGAGCAGGAGAAGAAAGCAGCGGCUCAGCGGCAGAGAGAGGAAGAGGAGCGGCUGGCGGCGAUGGCCAGGCUCAAGGCAGCAGAGACGGAGAGGUUUGAGGAUGAUAGCGACCCUGAAGAGUAUGUCAUCGAGCCGGACAACGAGAGAGAUGAUGACUGGAGAUGAUAACUUUUUUUUUUUUCUUGAUUGAAGCGGUGCCACUUAAGUCAAAUCGAUUCCAGAUCCAAUGGAUUCUUUAUUACCCAAUAACCAAAGAGAUAACGUGAAUGUAAUAUUAGUUUUUGUUUGUUUUUUGGAUGAUAUGCUGUAACAUACUGUACCAUCUUAACAUGAAUAUUUUCUUUUCAUUAAGAAAAGAAGUCCGAAUGUAGACUGAACAGACUACACGACCUUUGCUCCCUUUUAUUUCCCCCCACUUCCAGAUAAUACAGCAAAGUUUUUAGAGCAACUUUUGUAAUAACUUGGGGAAUAUUUUCUAUGAAUGUCUGAUUUAUAUAACUUUACAUAUUAUGUUAAAUAAUACUGUGGUUUUUUAUUGAUUUACGAAAAGGAUUAUUCAGGCAAAAAGACAAGAUAUUAUAAUCAAAGAAAUUGUAUUUUGUACUAUUUUAUUGUCUUAUCAGCUCAAGGAUACACUAUUAUUUUGAUCUUUAAUCCAGAAAAGUAAGGGUAAUUUUCAAUCAGAUGUAUUUUGUAUAUGAAAAUUAUAAAUAGUCGAAAAUAUAUAUUGACUUCUGUGUAUUUUGUAAUUGAUAUUUAUACAAAGUAUAAAAAAAAAAAUUGUGCAGUUUAACAUUUUAGUGACUUAAGAAGUGAUCUUGUGGCUGUUAAACUAAGCACUUCAUACACUAAACGAUAUGUAUGAUUAGGGACCUAACGCCAUGUAACAGCUGUUCAUCCAAAAACAUUGUCCUUUCUUUGUGUACAGUGACUUAUUCUGUCUUUGACUUUUUUAGAAACUACAUAAACACAACCUAAGCCUUAAGUAUUGGAGGGAAGUUUUCAGAACAGGUGAAAUAAAUGCAUUAAAAACAAAA